GGCGCGAGCGCACGCACGCGCCGUUCACUUCACUUUAUUUAAAUAAUAAUAAUAAUAGUAAUAAUAAUAAUAAUUCAGCUCGAGCGACACCGAAAACGGCGCGAACAUGAGCAGGAACACAGGGAAGACGCCUGUUUUUUGUUCCCGAAGUCGUUUGACAAACUCGUGAUUAAGGACAGAAAAAAUAGUGCCGUUGGGGAGAGAGCAACGUCGUGCGUAAAACAGCGCGUGGAUAGUUUGGAGAGAGAGAGAGAGAGAGAGACAGAGAGGAUGCAGCAAAACGACAUGAUGGUGCAUCACAGUGCUUAAGGCACAGAUAAAAAGGGUGAGAGAGAGAGAGAGAGAGAGAGGAGCUCAGACUGCAGCUGAAGGGGAAAUAGCCCACCGUGGGAAAUUUUACGCCCUCCGGGUUUGAAUAACACAUCAGCGCUUUUCAGCCACCGAGGAGCAACGGGAUUCCUUCCUUCCUUCCUUCACCCGAAGCGCGAGGAAAGGGAUCUGACAUUGGUUUCCAUUGUUGUUACUAUUGUUAACAGUGUUUUUUCGCUUCUAUGGGAGAAGGAUGGGAGCGCGGUUGGCUGUGUGAAGCCUCUCCGGGUGUGUGAGAAUUGCGCCGCCGCCAUGCAGCUCGUGCGGGUCGCGUGGGCUUUGGCAGGAGCGGCGCUCUGCUGUUCCCUCGUGCUCCUUCUCCACUCGCGCUUCCUCAAAGAAGGUCAGUUGGCGGCCGGGACGUGUGAGAUUGUGACAUUGGACAAAGACAGCAGUCAGCCGCGGAGGACUAUAGCUCGGCAGACAGCCCGCUGUGCCUGCAAGAAAGGCCAAAUUGCCGGUACGACUAGAGCCAGCCCUGCCUGUGUGGACGCCCGUAUCGUGAGGACCAAGCAGUGGUGUGACAUGGUGCCAUGUCUGGAUGAUGAAGGCUGUGACCUUUUGGUAAAUAGAUCAGGCUGGACUUGCACACAGCCCAGCGGCCGGGUCAAAACUACCACGGUCUCCUAACACUGGCCGAAGUUCUAAUGGUGUGGAGAGCUUCAUGUGGACUCUAUAGCCCGAUGAGCUCUUUGCUCCUGCCCGCCUGCUGUAGAUAACUUGCUGUCUGUCAUCAGCUCAACAUCCACCUCCAACUGCCUGUCUGUAGCUCCGCUUUGUAAAUGGGCAGCGCCCCCUAGUGCCACGGAGGACAUACGUCAACACAGCAUCUCACACAGAGCACCCUAGAGCCUGCAGGACUGCUGCUUGUGAAGGGCUUUGUGUUCUUUAAGGCUCGCUGGAUGUCUACACCCUUUUCAAGGCCAGAUCUUAGGUUCUGACCCACACGAUCUGUGAAUAGGCCUUCUGCUGGAGUCCACCUUUGGCACUCAAACAACUUUUACUGACCAAAGAGGAAAAGUAACAAACAGCUAAACAAACAAUACCUUAACAAACGGAGUUCAGAGAGGAAGGGCUGAGCGAGGAGAAAUUAAGACACCAAGCCCUGUUAUCAUGUCCACCAAUUUAAAGCACUGGAAUUGAAGAAUUGCUUUGUGCAAAUGAACUGAUCAAAAUGAACUAAAUUCCAGUAGUACCUUUAAUACUUUGCAUAAUUUUUUUUUUCUUGAACUGAACCCACUGUAUUUUGAAACUGGAAAUAUAGGCACUGUAUACAUAUAUAAUGUGUAUAAAGAAAAUGAGAUUUGCAUUUUUUUCAGUAGCAAACUUUGGGACAAUUUGCAAUAAGCAUGGUUGGUCACAGUUAAAGAGUACAAGCGUUGAUCCUUAAUGGACAAAAAAGUGAAUAUAUGGGGGAAAAAAAACAAAACAAUACCAUCAUUUCAAAUUGCCGGAAAAGGAGUCAGAAAUCAUUUUGAAAGGCCUACAGUUAUAUAUUUAACAGUUUUCUAUGUUGUAUCUUUGUAGAGAACCUUAUUUAACAUGAAUAAUGUGGUGGGAAUGGCAGUGAUAGAAUGUGGAUAAUAAGCUGUUUCAUGCCGGCCUGCAGCAGCCUGCUCUUUCUCCUGCAGCAGUAGCAGCUCUCCUUUAACACCCAUUUCACACACAUGACCACUUCUUCUAUACUAAACAGAUGGAUGGAAAAAAGGACAGCAUACAGAGGGGAAAAAAAGAAAUGAUCGAUUACAGAAAACUGAACUUUGUAUCCCACUUUAGUAUGCGGGGCCAUGAAAAUCGCUAUUUGCUAUCGUAUUGUAAAGGUGUAGAAAAAAAUGAGUCAUUUCUCUAUGGAUUUUAUCUAAUUUAUUUUUGUGCUUGUGUUUGUUUGCACAGUGCCACCAUCAAGAGUGUUGACACAUACAGAGAGAGUUAAGAGAGUCUUAGAAUCAUUUACAUGAAAAUACUUUUUUAUUCUGAAAUAUUUUAAGAAUAAAUUAAAUAUGUGAAAGAAGAAAUGAGUUGCUAAAAUAGAAUUUUAAUAUGCAAUGGUUAUCCCUGCUGAAAGAGUAGAAACCCUCAUAGAAUUUAUAAUGGUUUUAAUGGAUAUAAUGGGAAUUGUAUUGAUUUUAAGGGCAACUGCAAUGGUCCCUGUCGGUGUCUACCGGUAAUUUGUUGCCUUUUGUUGGUGGUAUGUUAUGUCUAUGAAUGUCUAACAUUAAGGACCAAUAAUGGUAAUGGUAAUGGUUUUACUGGUUAGCUGAUGCUUUGUAAUGGUAUUUCUGGUGGAAAACAUCAGAAUUUCUGUGAUGGCUUCUAUUGUUGUUGUUUUUUUCAGCAGGGAUGUUCGAGGCUGCUGACCUUUGUUUAUUGUUCUGGAAAAAAAAUCUGUCUUUCCAAUGAUGUCCACAUUUGGAAGAAGAAGAGCUGAUAUACGUUAAAUGUGUGUAAUGUUAGCAUAAAAUUCAUGAACACAGCUUGAGAUCAAGCAUUCACUCAUAGAUUUCAGAAUUACUGUCUGAUCAAAACACACAAUACUCUAAAUGCCCAACAGAAAAAGAGUGACUCCAAUGAGUGUCUGUUGGAAAUUGUAAACUCUUUACAAGUAAUAACACUUAUAGGAUGAUUUUUUUUAGAAGAUUGAUGCAUAAUUAAAAAAUGGGAACAUAAACAAUGCUAUAAAUGGCAUAUAUUUUUCUACAUUCAAUUCAGUUGUAUUUGUAUAGGGCUUUUAACAAUGGAUAUUAUCACAAGUGACACAUCAAGUGACAGGUUUAAUAUCAGCAAAAAUAAUGCAUUUGCAUAGACUUACAUUAUGCAACUAAAGAUGAGAACUGUGAAAUUGGUUCUGGCGGCCCUAGAGUGUAUGUACACGCUGUUGCACAAACACAUGAAUGCACACAUAGCCAUGGCUCAGUACAUUUACAUUGCUAAAAGUUAGACACAUUGAGCAGCUCAGUAACUUUUCACCCUGAGUCAUCACCAGCAGCUAUAGAACCAGGACAUGAGGUUACAUUAUAUAACUCGGGGGGUCAUUUCACACAAUCAAACGAAGAAUGAAGCUUACACAUGCUAUUCUGCUGUAAACCUCUGACCGUGAUUAAUGCCUCCAGCUAGAGAGGACCCAGAGCAAACACACACAUAAGAAAGGCAGUGUCUUCUGUGUGUGUGUGUUUAUGAAUUAAUGGAGUCCAAAUGUCCCUACAAGAGUGAGAAUAUCUGUCAGAUUUGACAUUGUGGGGACAUUUAACAAGACUAGUCCACUAGAAAUGUUUUUUUUAAUUAUUAUUUAAUUUUUUAUUUUAUUUUAUUUAUUUAUUUAUUUAUUUUACAAAACCUGCAGCUUUUAUUUAGAAAAUUACAUGAGGAAAAAAAGGUUUCUUUUGGUUUACUGAGGUUAAGGUUUGGUUUAUGUCAUCAUGUCAAAGAUAGGUCCUCACAAGGAUAGUACAACAAAGGUGUGUGUGUGUGUGUGUGUGUGUCAGUAACAGUCAGGAUAACAUCGAUUUCAGGGAGAUGAUGAAAUUGAAUACUAAAUAAAAUCACCACAUGAUCUGUACAAUUAAAAUAAUAUGUGUGGCAUGCUGAUGCAGUUUGUAUGGCAACCAGACAGUAGUAGAAUUAAUGGUAGUUUUCAGAAUCUGUCAAUUAAUUAUUCAAGGGAUCUACCAUCAACCAUCUUGCCAUACUAAUAAUGUGAAUAUGCUUAGGAAAUAAAAUACCUUUAUGACCGUUCCACUGAAAAUGAUGAUGACGUGCUAGUCAUGGUGGCAAAUGACAUUGCAUCUUAUAAAACCAGAUCUAUCUUUCUUUUUCUCCUCCUGCAUAAACCUACACAGUACUACACAGGCUGCCACCUCAAUAUCCCGAUCCUCAGAGUGUAACUAGUUGGCUGGCAGUUUUUAAACUGAAAUGGGACAAACGCAUGAUUCCAAGUGGUUAAUCCUGUUUCUCUCACCAUAGCAUCUGGUAGCCAAUAAAAUGUGAUGACACAAAAUGAGGGAUGCAUUUGUGUGACGUUUGGAGUGGUUAAAUAUGGAGGACUCAUAAUGAAGGUGUUGGGUCCGAGUCCAGCUUUUUCGAGUUGAGACCAGGUCCUUAAGCAAUUGAGUCCAAAAGGGGCAGAGUUGGACUCAAGUCCAAGUCCUUAAUGGCAGAGUCCAGAAAGCAAUUAAAUUGAAAAAAAAGAUUUGUAAUUGCAAUUGUAAACUCAACACUGAGCUGUUAAAUUAAUAUUUUAA